CACCUAACAUCUGGAUCAGAACCAAGUCCAGGUUCUGCUGUCAGCCUCACAAACAUAACUGAAGUCAAACUGUUAAAGCAGAACCUGAAGUAGUUCCGUCAGCAUUUCUCGUCCUUCCUCCUCCUCCUUCCUCUCUUUGCCUCCUCCUUCCUUCUCCUCCUGCUUCCUCCUCCUUCCUCCUUCUUCCUCUAUUUCCUCCUCCUUUCUCCCCAUACCUCCUCCUUAAUCCUCCUUAAUCCUCCCCUGCCUCCUCCUUCCUUCCCUGCCUCCUCUUUCCUCUCCCUGCCUCUUCCUCCUCUGUCAUCACCCUUCGCCCUCCUGCCUCCUUCCUCCCCUUGCCUCCCCUUCCUCAUCCUUCCUCCUCCUUCUUCCUCCUCCUCCUCCCCCUUCCUUCCCCUUCCUCCUCUUCCUCCUCUGGCCUCCUCCUCCCUACCCCUCCUUCCAUCUCCUCCUUCCUCCCCCUGCCUCCUUUAUAACCGUCCCUCCCUCUCUGCUCCCGUUAUUCUCCUCUGGUUUGUUUCUCAGAACAGAACUGCCUCAUGAUGCUGCCGUCUCUAGACCUGGUUCCUGUUGGUUCUGUUGGAUCUGAACUUCUGGGUCGUUUGUGGUAGAACCUGUUAUCCCGUAUGGACUCAUUUUUGUGUAUGAAGGAGUUUUUCUUGCAGUUUGUAGAACCAAACCUGAGAGAACAAAGAACCAGCAGCUGACAGAGAAGCAUGAACUGAUAUGUGGGGAUCAUCCCCAGACUGAACAGAACCACAGUAGACCUGCAGACGGACAGACCUCCUCCUGCUGUCCACAGAUCAGCCUGACGGACGGACGGACAGACAGUCUGAUGCCAACUGUCUCCGCCGUCAAUCUCUCGGCACCACUCCUCCUCCUGUUGCUAUGGGCAACCCACUGCUCCAUGGCAACCAACUGGCUCUCCCUGGCGAGGCUUCCCCGGUCCAGGCCCGUGUCCGGUUCUGGCCCCUGCGCCCGGCUCCGGGGUCUGACUGCGGGGCAGGUGGGGGUGUGCAGGGCUCGAGGGGAGGUGAUGGAGUCCGUACGGAAGGCGGCCGAGAUGGUCAUCGAGGAGUGCCAGCACCAGUUCAGGAACCGCCGCUGGAACUGUUCCACGACGCCUCGAGGGAUCAACGUGUUCGGCCGAGUCAUGAAUCAAGGUAACGCUGCGGCAGAACCUCCUGGUCCGACCGAGCCCAGUUCCAACUCUCAGUUCUGUCUGCUGGUUUCAGGAACUCGUGAGGCGGCCUUCGUCCACGCUCUGUCUUCGGCGGCGGUGGCGGUGGCCGUGACCCGGGCCUGCACCCGCGGAGAGCUAGAGAGGUGUGGCUGUGACAGGAAGGUCCGAGGGGUGAGCCCCGAGGGGUUCCAGUGGUCCGGCUGCAGUGAUAAUCUGUCCUACGGCGUCGCCUUCUCCCAGACCUUUGUGGACGAACCGGAGCGGGCCAAAGGACUGUCGGCUGGACGGCCACUGAUGAACCUGCACAACAACGAGGCCGGACGAAAGGCCAUCCUCCACAACAUGCAGGUGGAGUGUAAAUGUCAUGGCGUCUCUGGAUCCUGUGAGCUCAGAACCUGCUGGAAGGUGAUGCCUCCAUUCAGGCGAGUUGGCGUCGUGCUGAAGGAACGUUUUGAUGGAGCCACAGAGGUCCGUCUGACCCGGAUUGGAUCCAGAACGGCGCUGCUUCCUCGGGACCCGCAGGUGAAGCCUCCGGCUGCCAGAGACCUGCUGUACCUGGCUCCCUCCCCGGACUUCUGCCACCUGGACCCGGACAACGGGAUUCCUGGGACGGCGGGUCGGAGGUGUAACGGAACGUCCCGACUCGCUCCGGACGGCUGUGAGCUGGUGUGCUGUGGACCCGGGUACCGGGCGGGUCGGGCCGAGGUGGUGCAGCGCUGCUCCUGCAAGUUCUCCUGGUGCUGCUCGGUCCGCUGCCAGCAGUGCAAGAACACGGUCACCAUUCACACCUGCAGAGUGUGAGACGCACCAAGCAGAACCAGAACCGAGCAGCAGACUGACGGAACAGAACCCGGAUCAGACACCAAAUGAUUUCUACAGUUUUACUUUAAUCUGCAGUUUGGUUUAAAAUGUUCUGCUGUAGAAGCUGCAGAACUCAGAGAACAAACACGACCCGUCUUUAACCCGAUUCAGAUUCAGAACCGGAUCAAACAUCAGUUAUUGACUCACUGAACUGACAGAAGCUUCGAAGCUGAACUUAACCAGAACUAACCUACUGCAGCAGCUUUGAUCCUAAACUAGCUCUGAACAGCCUCGUGUUGUUUCUGGUUUAUUUAUUUGGAGAAUAACUUUACUGACAUCAUCAAACUGUGGUUCUGAGCAGCUUGUAGGUCCAAACCUUAAUAAACUCAGUAGUUCCAUCAAA